AUGACCCCGCCUCGCUCCAUCUAUGGCUCUCGCAUCGUUGCCAAGCUAUGCAAGAGCGACCUCCUCUAUGACGGUACUGCGGGGGAGCGCGUCUUGGGUGCAUAUCCGCCUACUCUAGUUGCGUAA